UCUACCGUAUAGGCGCUUUUGCACGCGUUUCGGACCACGCGGGAUCGCUUUGUGUGCCGUGUCAGACGUAGUUUGGAUCCUCGCUCGAGAUUCACAGUGGCUGAUUCGGAUUGGUGACUACAAGUUAACGUUAAUUUAGAAAGUUCCCAUUGAAUAUAUUUUCAUCUUGGAUGCAAACCUGUGUCUUAUUAAGAAAAGAUAAAUUUAUUCUUGGAAACGUCAAGCAAUUAGAGCCGACUGAUACAAAGACAGCCAUAACUGCCUGCAAUGUCAGCGACACGAUUCGUCGAUUUGAUACACACAUUCGACUGGGAACAAACGCAGACAAAACUCGGCUGCGUCACGUUGUCCUUCUUCUACUUCGUGUGCGUGUAUUUCGCAACAAAUGCCAUUUCAUACAUAUUUUUGACAUACAGAAACCUUAAAACCAAAGAAAAGGUCUUCUGGAACUUAGCGGUUGCGCGUGGGAAUUUCGGAUUUUUCGCCAUCGUAAUCGGGCUUUGGGCUUUAUUUGUUGACAACGAAUUGCACAAAGAUGUGGUCUUCGCUACCACACCUAUUAGUCACUUUGCCAUGUGCACUACGACCGGUUUCUUCUUAUUCGAGUGCUUAAUGGUUCUUUGGUCCGACAUCUACUUCAAGCAGUUCAACAUGUUGUUGAAUAUCCACCACUGGGUUUCCCUUAUUGGUUAUUCUAUCGUUCUCACCAACGGAAGCACCCACUACUUGGGCUGUCGGGGACUGUUAUUAGAAAUGUCCACGCCUUUCAGCUGCCUCUGCUGGACGCUCCUAAAGGCCGACCUCGCCCAUUCCUUCAUCUGGAAAGCGAACCAGUUCUUACUCGUGCACACAUUCCACACUCGCUCCAUCAUCGAGUGCUACAUGUGGUACAUCACUUACAUGAACUGGGACGCUAUUUGGGCUUCGAUGCCCGCUGGUACUUUCUACCCUCUAUACCUACAGCUGGUGCUCGUCACGUUCAUCAUGACCCCGUACUGGACAUACAAAAAGACAGUCCAAAUGAUCAAUCCUGUCGAUUGGAACUUUGAGGAAAGCGCUGAUGCCAAAAGAAAGAAAGACAAGUCAGCAAAUGGACAUAUAAAGGCGAAUUAAACUUACGAUUCUAACUCUGCAAUACAUUUCAAGAGAUAAGAUCACUACAUUUGACUGUUGGAGUCAAGCGUAUGCUAUGUAUUGUCAUGUCAUGUAGUAUGUUUGGUAUCUAUGUCGUGUUUAACUCGCUCUUUGUAGACACGGCUUUACUCACAAGAAGAAUUACGUGUUUGUUAAAAUAUUGAACACUGUUUAAUAAACAAAACAAACAAUAUUUUAACAUUGUUGCAAUUAUAUAUUUAUUUUAUAUUGUAUAAGAUCACCCAUUAUCUAUUGUUUACAAUCACACACGAAAUUUAAUGAAUAUAAAUAGAUACAUAGAGUUCUUCUAUUCAAAUGAGGCUCUUGGAAAGGACCUAGGUACUAGGUGGAAAAAGUUUUGUUGUUUCAUUUCUUAUCAUAGGAUACGAUAUCUUUACUUGUAAAAAAUGUUUAUGAGGUUAUCUCAUGUCUUUGUGAAUAGCUCUGUCCAAAACCAAACUUUAAAUUUGCGUUUUGACACAUAUUAUUUGAUGAGAUUAAAUUUAUGUCGUUGGUGUUUUGCCCCGAUGACAAAUCGAGGAAACUUCAAUAUUGUUUAAAAUAUGUAUAUUAAAUUAUUAAUGCAUAACUUGCCAUAAAUUACUUGAAGAAAUGUGACACAUCAUUUAGUACAAUAUUUUUGUAAGUUGUAGCCCAUAAAAAGGUUAUACAAUAAGCAUUAUUUAUCUGUAUGCAAGACUCAUAUAUGUUAUCACGCGAGUACCAUAUUGUUUAUUUGUAUUCCUAGGUAAACCUUUUUACUCGCUAUUGCAAUAUAUGUUUAUUUUUUUUCAUUGUUUGUAUAUAUAAUACUCUAAAGUAGAUGCGUGCAAUAGAACAGUUGUAAGUGUAUAAUGUGACAAUGUUAAUAUUAGUACAAAAUAUUGUAUGAAAAAAAUCAUUAAAUCACUUUAAAUCAUAUCUGAUGUGCAAACAUGCUGUUUAACAUGCUGUUAAAUGCUUUACACACUCAACUUUGGAAAACUCCACUCUUAAAUAAAUGCUCUUAAAUAAA